GUCUACGUACGCCGAGGAAUGGCACGUGAUCAAAUCCCGCUGUUGUGACUGGCUGCGACGACGUUCGUGAAAAAUAUAGGGCAGAGGUAGUGGUCAAAUCUCUCCUGUGUACACGACGUGUCAAAACAAUGCUGUUGAACAAGCUGCUCAGAGCCAGCGUGCGGUCUGGGAUCCGGCUGCAGAGCUCCAGUGCUACUGCAGCCAAUGCUGCAGCAUCUUCCAGUGGUAUCUCACCAUCCCAAGGCUUCUCGUUUGAGUUGACCGAUCAGCAGAAGGAGUUCCAACAGCUGGCGAGGAGGUUUGCACGUGAAGAGAUCGUCCCUGUUGCACCUGCUUAUGACAGGAGUGGUGAAUAUCCUUUCCCCGUCAUCAAAAAAGCAUGGGAGCUUGGUCUGAUUAACGGUCACAUUCCACAGGAAUAUGGUGGAAUGGGCUUGUCGAUCUUCGACAGCUGCCUCAUCACAGAGGAGUUGGCUUACGGCUGCACAGGAGUACAGACUGCUAUGGAAGCAAACUCUCUGGGGCAAAUGCCUGUUAUUAUCGCUGGUAAUGAUGCACAGAAGAGGAAAUAUCUGGGAAGGAUGACUGAGGAGCCUCUUAUGUGUGCAUACUGUGUUACAGAGCCGGGGGCAGGCUCUGAUGUGGCCGGCAUCAAGACCCGAGCUGUGAAGAUGGGUGAUGAGUAUGUUGUUAAUGGGCAGAAGAUGUGGAUCACAAAUGGUGGCAAAGCUAACUGGUAUUUCCUCCUGGCCCGCACUAACCCGGACCCCAAAUGUCCAGCCAGCAAGGCUUUUACUGGCUUCAUUGUGGAUGCUGACACUCCAGGAAUUCAAGUAGGAAGGAAGGAGAUGAACAUGGGUCAGAGGUGUUCUGAUACCAGAGGCAUCACCUUUGAGGAUGUGAGGAUACCGAAGGAGAAUGUCCUGGUCACAGAGGGAGCUGGCUUCAAAAUUGCCAUGGGUGCCUUCGACAACACUAGGCCACCAGUGGCAGCAGGAGCAACAGGCCUGGCACAGAGAGCACUUGAUGAAGCUACCACUUACGCAUUGGAGAGGAAGACCUUUGGCAAAGUUAUCGCUGAGCACCAGGCCGUGUCAUUCCUUCUGGCUGAGAUGGCGAUGAAGGUGGAGCUGGCCAGGAUGGCGUACCAGCGGUCAGCCUGGGAGGUGGACCAGGGCCGCAGAAACACCUACUAUGCCUCCAUCGCCAAGGCCUUCGCUGGAGACAUCGCCAAUCAGGUGGCCACUGACGCUGUUCAGAUAUUUGGAGGCAAUGGGUUCAAUAGCGAAUACCCGGUGGAGAAGCUGAUGAGGGAUGCCAAGAUCUACCAGAUCUACGAGGGCACAGCUCAAAUCCAAAGACUCAUUAUCGCCCGAGAACACCUGGGAAGAGUCAAGAAAUGAACUCUACACUCCUGAUUUGUCCUCAUUCAAAUGUAGUUUGUUGUAACUUUUCUAUACAUAUACAUGUUGCUGGAAAUAGAUCUGGUCACUUAAACUCAGGAUACAGUGAAAAAUGUCGUUGCCUUAAUGCCAUUUCAUCCUGCCUUGUUUUUUGAGACUCAUCCAGACUCUGAAUUGGUAGACAACAGUCUACACAGCCUUUGAAAUAAUGCCAUAAUUCAUUCAGUUAAUGGUUUAAUGGAGCUAUCAGGUGGUCCCUGCCAAUUCAUUAAGUCACAAAAUUUCCUGUGAUCUCGUCCUCUUUAACCAGGUAUUUGCAUUCAGGUGAUCAUCUCCCACUUGUAAAUAUAUCAUAUGAAAUAGACUACUGUUUGUGAAUAAUGUACACCAGGCACAAACUCAACUGUGGGAUAUGGUGUUAAUCCCAAGGCAUUACAAAAAAAUCCUGUCUUUAUGUAGCAUUAUCCUGGUGCACUAUUUGCCAGUUGUCUAUCAUAUGUUCAACUGUAAAAUUGUUAAUAUCUGGCAUUGUUUGUCUUAAGAUUGUUUCUGAUGGUAAAUUGCUGAUGAUAAACUUGGACAUAUUUGACUUUAUAAAUUGACAAGGUCAGCCUAAAUACUUGGAGGGAGGAGCAGGAUCAGCCACACACUGUGUGUUUCAACAGUGUUGAUUUUGGUCUGUUCUGAUUGGCAAUAAAAGCAUGUAAAAACAGAGAUGAUAUAUAAUAAUGAUAUCCAGCUCAUGCCUUAUUCUGCCCUUGACAUCCUACCAAAUGUGACGUAGUGUUUGGCUGUCCUUAUUGACACUGCACCCAGUCAAAAAACCUAACAUAAAUAAUUUCUCAGACUUUGUGGAUGCAAUGCACAUUUCUCAUACAGUAAAACCAAUUUUAUCUUGAUCUGUUUGAAUCUAUAGCUCACCUGAAAGUUUUAGAAACAUAAAAGCAUGUGUCUAAUGAUCUAAUAACUGUAAAACUACAUGUUGUCUGAAAAUGGUUUUCUGUCUGAUUUGGGAAUUAAUCCUUAACAGUUGCAGUUUUACAUCACAGUACCACCCAAUAUUGAUUACAUAGAGGCAUCGACUCUACAUUAAACCAUGGAGAAUUCUGCAAAAAGAAAGCGUGAAUGUAAUACAGGUUCAGUUGUCACUGUGGCAUCACUUUGACAUCAUUCAUAACAUAAUAAUGUAUUCAUGCAGAGGUUUUCAGUCUGUAUAUCAUCCAUUUAUUAAAUUAUUCCAUUCAA